GAAAAUUCUGAUAACUUAUCAGUAUUUUGCUAAAUGAACAACAUUUAAUAACACUAGAAAAUGUCAUAUGGGAAUUUUAUUUUAAUUUUUGUACUUGGAUCUCUCCUGGUGCUUAAUGUCAUUCUUGUCAUUCGUGAUAGAGAAAACUCGAACUCAAUUCACAAACUUAAAUCAGCACAAUCAGAUAUUCAAAAUGAGCUUGGUUCCCAUCGUAAGAGAUUAAGAAGAGAUGUCACAGCUGAUAAAGACGCAGUUGCAUUAGUUAUAAAAAAUGAAAUCAAUCGUUCUAUUUUGGAAAAAGUUAGUGCUUUGUUACCUGAAGCUCUUAAGUCAAUUCCACCUGGAACUUGGUGCAAAUGUGAUACUAAAAAUCUUACAGAGAAUGCCAAUAAUGAAACUGGUAACUCAUAUGCACAACCUAUGAACAACGAAAAUGACGGUAAGAAAUGCAAAAAUGGAAUAAAAGGAGAAAAAGGUGAUCCUGGGCCUCGAGGUCCAAAAGGAGAUAGAGGUGAAAAAGGAUUUAGUUUAAUUGAACCGCAGUUAAAACAGACUGAUUUGGAUAAAACGGUUCUAAUUUCUGAAAAUAAGACUCUAAAGUGUAAAUUUUUUGGUAAUCCUAUUCCAUCCAUAGACUGGGUUUUAAAAGGAAAUAAUUACGAAAUUAAAAAUGUAGUGUUUAAGAGUUCAUCCGAAGUGAUCAGUUACUUGACUGUAUCAAAUGUCAGUUUUGAAAAUCACGGAAACGUUUCAUGUAGAGGAAAAAGUAUUUUGGGUCAAGUAGAAAAGACCGGCUUUCUCAAUGUUCAUAUAAAACCUUCUGUUUCACUUAUAUCCACAAUAAUAUAUGUGUAUUUGGCAUCAAAUGCAACGUUUCCAAAAUGUAAUGUUGUUAGUAACCCUGCUUCUAAAAUUAUUUGGAAAAAAGGGUUUGGGCAACUACCAACAGCGAGAUCAAUUCAAUCAGGGUUUGGCGAUUUUACAAUAGUAGAUGUCCUUGUAGAAGACGAAGGGUUUUAUGUUUGCUCUGCAGAAAAUUAUUUAGGUUCGGAUACUGGUGUUGUUCAGCUAAAAACAAAACCGUUAAAAAUUGCAUACGGUCCUCCAGCAGAACUAGUUGUCUUUAGCUAUCCUCAUACCUUGUGGUGUGGCGCAUUCGGAAGGACAAACCAAAUGUCUGGAAGUUGGAGAUCGUUAGCUGCUGGUCGAACUCUUUACUUCAGUGAAUCGAAGAACACAAGUUUUUAUAAUAUUUCAUUACAAGUUACUGAAAGUGGUAUAUACUCAUGUGAAUUUACUGACGGGAUAUCGACAACUGAGAGAGUUUCUGUGAUUCGAAACUUUACAUUGCAGUCAAACAUGAUAACAAACACGACAGCAACUAAAAAAAUUUACGAUUUCUUAAAAAAAGUUAAUGUUCCAACCAAUGAAUGUAUUCGGUGUAUGCAAAUAAGUCAUAUGAUUUAUUAUAAUUCGAAUUCCUUAUGGAAUUAUUUUCAACCUUGCUAUUCUAAAAGCAAUACUUUGCUAAUUGUCAGAUUAAUGGGCUAUGAGAGCUAUAUUUUUGGAGGGUUCGCAGAAACUCCUUGGAGCAAUGUGCAAUAUUCUUCCAGCAAUAAAACAUUUGUGUUUGCUACCUAUCCUGAUAAUAUGUUGAAGAUUAUAGAUCUUGGUAACACGCAACUUUGUUCAAAAUACUCAAGAUAUGGAAGAAUAUUCCCCUGUUUCGGUUUUGAGCAGUUUACUUUUGAAGAAACGGCAUAUGAUGAUUCAGUAAAGGUCAAAAGUCCUCUUUUACUAGGUUCAACGACACCUGUAGCAAUUCGUGAUAUGGAAGUUUUUUAUUUUAAUUGAAAAAAACAUUACUCAUUAAAAUAAAGAGUCAUUCAUUUGUCAUUUUAUGUUGUUGUUUUUUUUUUUGUCAUAUAUCUUUGUUUAUGAUACGAUAAUUUUUUACGUUAAAAUAUUAGUUGUAAUUAAGAGCUUCAGAUAAGAUUUUAGAUUUUUUUUUAAGAAUUAUUGAUUUUCAUAUAUUUUUUCAGUUGCCA